UAAGAAGUAUAAAAUUUGUACAACAAAUAUUUUUCAAUUCAUCUGUCUUCAAAAAAGUAUAAUCUGACAUGUUUUCUUACUUUUGUUAGAUGUAGUUUUAAACAUAUUCUUCAUAUUUCGUCCAUAUCUGUCACUGAAGUCACAUACAUUACGAGGCCGGUAGAAGCAUAAUGGAUACUUCCCGAAAUUAUAAAAAUCCUUUUCAGGAUUAUUUAAGUUCAUCCUGUCUUACCGUAUUGAAGCCAGAAGAAAAUACUAUAGCAGACAAUUUUAAAGUUUUGCUAACUACAAAUACCAAAAAAUUGGUACAAAAAUUAGAAGAAAAUAAAAAUGAUUGGACUUACCAUGACGAUCAUUCUAUUUACACAGGAACUGCUGGUAUAGCAAAUAUGUUUCAACUUUAUGCUGAUUAUUUCAAUGAACCUGCAUAUUACUCUAAAGCAAUAGAAUUGUUACAAACCUGUAUCAAAAAAUUUAAAUGGAAAAGGGAAAUAACUUUUUUAACUGGCUUAUCUGGACCAUUAGCACUUGGAGCAGUUAUAUUUCAUAAACAUGGAAGUAAGGAUGAUUCACAAAAUGCAAUAUCUAAAUUGAUAUCUUUAUCAUCCCAUGUUAUAAAUGAACAUAGUGAAAUACCAGAUGAACUACUUUAUGGAAGAGCUGGAUAUCUUUUUUCUCUUCUUUAUAUAAAUUCAAAUAUAUCUCCACCUCCUAUAAAAACUGAUAUUAUCAAACAGGUUAUCUCUAGUAUAAUAAAAUCUGGAAAUAUAUACUCUACAUCGAGACAUUACAAGUCUCCACUUAUGUAUUCAUGGCAUGAUACAGAAUAUCUUGGUGCAGCUCAUGGAUUGGCUGGUAUUCUCUACAUACUCUUACAAGCUCGAGAUUAUUUACAUGAAGAACAACUGAAAAAUUAUAUACUACCAGCUUUAUAUUAUCUUCAAGAUCUAAAAUAUCCAUCAGGAAAUUUUCCUUCUUCGAUAGGAAGUAAUACAGAUAAAUUGAUACACUGGUGUCAUGGAGCUCCAGGAAUGACUAUGUUAUUUUGCCUUGCCUAUGAGAUAUAUUCGGAUAAGAAAUUUUUAGAAACUGCUAUACAAUGUGGAGAAGUAAUUUGGGAAAGGGGUUUGUUGAAAAAAGGAUAUGGAAUAUGUCAUGGAGUUUCUGGAAAUGCAUAUACAUUUUUACAUCUGUAUCAACAAACAAAGGAUCUAAAACAUCUAUAUAGAGCUUGUAAAUAUGCGGAAUGGUGCUGUAAUUAUGGAGUAAAUCAAAAUAGAAUUCCUGAUAGACCAUUUUCUUUGUUUGAAGGUCUUGCUGGUGUAAUUUAUUUUCUUAUAGAUAUGCAAAAGCCAAGUAUGGCCAAAUUUCCAGCAUAUACUUUAUAAAGUUAACAUUUUCGGAUUAUCGUAUUUAUUACAACACAAUCUUCUUUGUGAUUACUUUUAGAAAGAAUGCGUUUUAUAAUAAAGCUUUCUAUUUAAAAUUGGAUGAGAUGGUACUGCAAAUUGUUCUCAAGGUAUACUAACUUUGAUGUAUAAUUAUUAAUUAUUCAUUGAUAUAAAUGAUCACACACAUA